AUCGUAAGGGGUAAGUAUUUUCAACUCUGCAUAAAAAGCGGGAAAUGUCAAUUGACUAUCCCCCUUUCCUUCCGAGCCCCUUCCACGGAAAGGGCCUUUUCAACAUGCAUUGAAUUGUUGACAGAAAUAUCUUCAAUCCAAAUAUCCCUACAAUCCCUGGAAAACAUGUUUGGAAUAUGACUCCCAAAGUCAAUAUCCAUAACCCAAAAGCCCAAAUGCACACAAAACUUUGAAGGUAUAAAAAGAACAUCUGAAAGUUGAUCCACACCUCAUUUGCCGGAAAUCCAUCGAUCCACCUAUCAACAUGAAGAGCUUUUUCAUUCCCGUUCUGAUUGCCUUGUUGGGCUUUAGUUUACUGACUUUGGCGGACUUUGGCGCCAAUAGAGAGAACAAUGAGGAAAGCAAAGGUUUGUCAGGAUUGGAAAAUGGUGUGAUCGUCUCGGUCGAGGCGAAAAUAAGUGAAUCCAACGAAGUUGAGGAGGAUCAAGAGGAACAAGACGAGGGUGGCUCACAAAACAGAGCAAUUGAUCCUGCGUCGUGUGCAGUGAAAUGUCAACCUGUUUGCGUCUCAGCUCCCGCCGGUUCCAAUUGCACUUGCACCCAAUUCUUUUUGGGCUUCUUCCCAAUCUCGUCGAUUACUAUUCCUUGCUAAUAGUGUCUACCUGGGCAUGAUAUAGUAUCUCGUCUUUGUUCAUUGAAUAAAUAUAAAAAA